GCGGCAGCUUCCAUUAUGCACAGACAGGCAGAAAUGUAUCUCUUGCUGCAAAACAGCAGUUUUUGUCGUCCACAAACACACUGUGCACACACUUGUCCAGCAAGUGCAUAUGCUCCCACCCCCUAACAGCUCUUCAGUGGGGAAGUGUGUGUACUGUGCCUGAUAUCCAGUGGGAUCCAGCAGUGAGAAACAAAGGAACAGGAGGAAGAUUAGUCAUGCAUAGAAUCUCACUGCACCCUGACUCUGAAACGAUCAGCAAACUGUGAAAAAAAGAAUAUAUCAGAAGAGCAAGGGCUUUUUUAUAUGCAACUUGGAGUCUCAUGUGAAGAUUCCAGUGGAAAACCAGAAGAGGAACAAUCUGACCAGAGACACUUGCACACCGUUCAAGAAUUGCUGAUGUUGAUGCUGUCAAGGGUCAGAUCUGGGUAUCUGGUGCAGUGAUCCAACCUGAAUAAGGAAGAACAAGGGCAUGGCGGUUUAUCCUGUCUUGGGCUUGCUGGGCCUUCUACUGCUACAGAUCACACUUCCCAUAUGCCAUGGCCAAGGUUGUCCACAAGUCUGUGACUGUGUAUCCCAGAGAAAGUUUGUGAAUUGUCAGAACAAGCACCUUAAUUCUUUUCCAAAUGGAAUUCCAACUGACACAAGGUUUCUAGACCUCAGUAGAAAUAAGUUGCGUUGGGUGGAGCAUGGUGACUUGGAAGCCUACACACAUUUGGAGGACUUAGACCUUAGUGAAAAUCUCAUCAGUGUGCUUGAGCCCAAUGCUUUUUCCCGCUUACUGAAUCUACGUGUGUUAUGUUUGCGUGCCAACCAGUUGAAGCUGGUGCCAAUGGGUGCCUUCUCACAUCUUGCCAAUCUCACAGAUUUGGACUUGAGUGGAAAUAAAUUGGUUAUUUUGGUAGAUUUUACUUUUCAGGAUCUGAGGAGGCUCCAAAAAUUGGAGGUGGGUGACAAUGAUUUGGUAUAUAUAUCAAACAAGGCAUUCCUGGGCUUGACUGGUCUACAGGAGCUUACCAUUGAGAGGUGCAACCUGACCUCUAUCUCAGGACAAGCUCUUUCCUAUCUCCAUGGCUUGGUGUCACUACGAUUACGCUACCUCAAUAUUGUCUCGUUAGAGGAACAAAACUUUCAAAAGCUGGGUGGUCUGCGGGGUCUAGAGAUUGAUCACUGGCCAUUUUUAGAGUACAUUUCCCCAUACAGUUUCCAGGGCCUCAAUUUAUCGUGGCUUUUCAUUACCAACACCAAUAUUACUACAGUUCCAACUGGUGCCCUACGUAAUCUUAUUAAUUUGGGCAGUCUGAAUCUCUCACACAAUCCCAUUUCUGUUCUUGAAUCUUGGGCUUUGCGUGAUCUGGUCAAUUUGAAGGACUUACACCUUGUGGGCACCAACUUGAUGCGUGUUCAGCCAUAUGGCCUUGGAGGUCUUCAGCAGAUACGUUUGCUCAACCUGUCCAACAAUAGGUUAGUAACGCUAGAAGAAGGCUCUUUUCACUCUGUAAACACCCUGGAAAUGCUUCGGGUUGAUGGUAACCCUCUGUCCUGUGACUGCCGUCUGCUAUGGAUCUUGCAGCGCCGCAAGACCCUUAACUUUGAUGGCAAGUUCCCAGUUUGUGCAGGACCCAUUGAGGUACAAGGUAAAGCUCUCAGCGCAUUCUCUGACUCAGCACUCCUUGACCACUUCACAUGCCAACGACCAAAAAUCCGCAACCGAAAACUACAACAGAUAUCUGCACGUGAGGGUCAGGUUGUAUCAUUUUUUUGUCAGGCAGAUGGAGAACCAACUCCGACCAUCUUCUGGAUUUCACCUCAGCGCCGCCGCAUCACUACUAGAAGCACUGGUCGUCUUAUGGUUUUACCAGAGGGCACAUUAGAAAUACACUAUGUGCAAAUAACAGAUAGUGGAACCUACAUAUGCAUUGCCAGCAAUGCAGGUGGCAAUGACACCUACUUUGCCACAUUAACUGUCAGUGGGCUACCCUUGGAUGCAGGCCUUUCAGUGAAUCGCACCUAUACUGGUGACCUCAAUGACACUAAUCUGAAUGACACGCGUGUCUUCCUAAAGUUCACACUAGACCUCAAGACAAUUUUGGUCUCCACAGCAAUGGGUUGUAUAACAUUUUUGGGUGUAGUCGUCUUCUGCUUCUUGCUUUUGUUUGUGUGGAGUCGUGGACGUGGACAGCACAAAAACAACUUUUCAGUGGAGUACUCCUUCAGAAAGGUAGAUGGCCCUACAACCAGUGGGGGCCAAGGAGGGGCUCGAAAAUUCAAUAUGAAAAUGAUAUAGAGGUAUAUA